AACUAAUCAAAUUCUUGCUACAUUAAAUUAUGUGAUUAAGCUAAUAUUAUUCUUAAGCUCUGUUGAAUAUUAAAUAAAGUUACUUACAUUGCAUUAAUGUGUAGUAAUUGACCAAAGACGACUAAUUAAUUUUCAAUUCUUGAUCCAGCCCACCUACCCGGAUUCCGAUUUAAGGAGCAGCAAAUCAAAUUCAGAGCAGCAAUUCUUGAUCAGAGAGAUGGCAGUAGCAGCUUAUGCAACUUUGCGUUCCCUCUCACAUGUCCUUGACAAUCUCCAGCUUCCUGCUCGUCUCCGUCGACUUCAUGUCGACACAAAUCGAAUUCAGAGCCUGCAGGAGACUGUUCAGUUCUUGCUAGACUUUCUCGAAGCUCAUUCCCAAAGAAUAAGUGAAGAAAUUGGAGUUGUGGGGAGGCAAAUUGCUGAUGCUGCUGCAGAUGCAGAAGAAGUUGUUGACCGCCAUAUAGUGGAUCAGCUUCGCUUUAGAUCUGAGGAAGAAAGUCAUUGUAUGGCAGCCCUCUCAUCUUUCUCUCAAGAUAUAGACAAAGUCACUGGAAAGUUGGAUUCCCUCACAAAAGAGUUGACGAAGAUGGUGAAAGAAGAAUGGGCAAUCGACGCCCAAGAAGAGCAGUGCAUAGUGUCUGUUCCUGUCAAAUCACCAAAAGUGCUUCCUUCAAGUGGCAACAAGACUACUGUGGUGGGAUUUGACGAACACAUGGAUCGAAUCGUGGAUAAGCUCACCAGAGGUGAACCUAAUCUCCAGAUCCUCUCCAUUGUAGGGAUGGGAGGCAUUGGUAAGACUACUUUAGCUCAAAAUAUUUUUGAUCAUCCAUAUACUGUGCACUACUUUCCUAAACGAAUUUGGCUUACAAUAUCUCAAGAAUAUAGUGUACAGGAAAUUCUUUCAUCCCUUCUUCAUAAUGGAAAAAAGCAAGAGAGUAGUCAAACUGAGGCCGAAUUAGGACAACGAUUGUACCAAAGUUUAUUCGGGGAAAGAUAUUUGAUAGUUAUGGAUGAUGUAUGGAGUGUAGAGGCUUGGAAUGAUUUAAAGUUGUUCUUUCCAAAUAACGGAAAAGGAAGUCGAGUUAUGCUGACUACUAGGGAGUCAAGCUUGGCGAUUUCUUUAGGCUCUCAGGAAUCUUAUUCGUUAGAUUUUCUAAAUGAGGAAAAAAGUUGGAAUUUGUUUUGUCAAGAAACCUUUGCACAAAAAGAUUGUCCAUAUCCGGAAUUGGCGGAAAUUGGUAAGAACAUUGUAAAGAGUUGCAAUGGACUUCCACUAACAAUUGUUGUACUCAGCAAGCUGCUUGCAAACUCCAACAUGACACGAGAAUAUUGGGAGUCUAUCGCAAAAAAUGUAAGCACUUUUCGUAAUUCAAAAGAUUAUGAGGGGUGUCUACAGAUAUUGUCUUUGAGCUAUAACAAUUUGUCCGUUCAUCUUAAACCAUGUUUUCUCUAUAUGAGUGUUUUUCCUGAAGAUUCUAAGAUUCGUGUUUCCAAACUAACCAAAUUAUGGAUUGCUGAAGGAUUUCUAAAACCAAUAAGAGGUAAAAGCUUGGAAGAGGUAGCAAAGAAAUACUUAAGAGACCUUAUUGAUAGAAAUCUAUUUUUGAGUCUUGAAUUUGGGUUUGAUGGGAAAUUAAAAAGAUGUGGAAUCCAUGAUCUUUUAAGAGAUUUAUGUUUGAGAGAAUAUGAAAAAGAACAUUUCUUUUAUGCCCCAAAAGUGCAAUGUGUUGGUGUUGAUGAUGAGAAGAAGGACAAGUGCUUCUUGUGUGGCCUUAGGACCUCACUCCAAAGGAUAGAUCUAAAUGAAGUGCAUGAUGCUUCACAACUGACAUCUCUUGCGAGUGUUUUGGUCUGUAGCACCUGCAAAAAUAAGUAUCGAAGUCUUAAGAAAGCGAGAGUGGUGAGGGCAAGAAUGAGAAGGUAUAUGUAUUCUGUUGAACAAGAAACUCUGCACCCAACUAGCUUGCGGUAUCUUAAGACGAAGCCUAUAACUGAGUACGAUUUGUCUCCAUCUACAAUAGCUUUACUUUGGAAUCAAGAGACUUUUAAACUUUUCUAUACCCGCUCUCUCAAGGUACCGCUAACUAGUGUGGGACAUGAAAUAUGGGAUAUGCCACAGCUUAGGCAUUUUAUCGGUUCAGCUCAUUUUGCUUUGCCCAAGGAAGCGGCUACUCAAGAUUUCGUUAUUAUGGAAAACCUACAUGCGCUUUACUGUAUGAGAGAUUUCAGGUGUACAGAGGAUGUCCUAAGAAGAAUACCAAAUCUGAAGAAACUAGGUAUUUACUAUGAAGAGAACAACAUGGAAUGGACGUACUAUUGUCUCUACAAUCUUGUCCGUCUGCAAAAACUCGAAUCACUUUCUAUCGAAGUUGAUGAUCUUCGACCAGAUAAUCUUCCAUUGGAGAAUCUCACCUUCCCAACUUCGCUUAAGAAGUUGUGGUUAGAUAGUUGUAAUAUUCCUUGGGAAAAGAUGAUGACUCUUGGUUCCUUAUUGCCUAAUCUUGAGAAGCUUGUAUUGAAAUUUAAUUGCUUCGAGGGGCACGAGUGGAAUGAAGUUGAAGGCGACUUUCCUCGACUCAAAUUCUUGGAUAUUUCUCACAAUGAUCACCUGGAACGAUGGAGGGCAGAAAAUAUCCACUUUCCUAAUCUUGAGAUCCUCUCUCUAGAUGACAUGCAGAAGUUGGAGGAGAUCCCUACAAUUCUUGGAGAUAUAACCACACUCCAUUCCAUUUAUUUGACACAUUGUACCGAUUCUGUCAUCAAUUUGGCAAAGCAAAUAGUGGAGGAACAACAUAGCUAUGGAAAUGAGAUUCUUCAACUUUAUUCUUGAACAUAGCUAUGGCAAAGCAAGUAGUUCCACACCACCUCAAUAAAUUUUAUGUGAGGUCUGGUGUUUGUCUUCACUGUUGUCUGUGCGUAUCGGAUUUUUAUUAAAUUUGUACAUUUCUUUAAUAUUAUUA